AUGAGCAGUGAAAUUGCCUACUCGAAUACGAACACCAACACUGAAAACGAGAACCGCAAUACUGGCGCUGGCGUAGAUGUAAAUACAAAUGCAAAUGCAAAUGCAAAUGCAACUGCAAAUGCAACUGCAAAUGCAACUGCAAAUGCAACUGCAGAGCUGAACCUCCCCACGGUCGAUGAGCAAAGACAGUAUAAGGUACAACUGCUAUUGCAUAUCAACAGCAUAUUACUUGCUAGAGUUAUUCAGAUGAAUAAUAGUUUACAAAACAAUCUACAGAACAAUAUAAAUAAUAGCAAUAACAAUAACAUCAUCAGGAUACAGCAACUUAUAUCUCAGUUCCUUAAAAGGGUUCAUGCCAAUCUUCAAUGCAUAUCUCAGAUAAACCAAGGAGUGCCCUCAGCGAAACCACUGAUCCUCACGCCUCCUCAGCUAGCCAACCAGCAGCAACCUCCACAGGAUAUUCUUUCUAAACUCUAUCUUCUCUUGGCAAGAGUGUUCGAGAUAUGGUAG